GUGGUGGUUUUUCCUGAUGAACUACGCCACGUCAUCCUGCGCCUCGUCACUGCAUAAACAGUAAAGAUGGCUGCCUCCGUACGGGAGAAACAGACAGCUGCCUUAAAGCGGAUGCUAAACCUAAACGCCCCUCUCCUGAAAAACACUGCCUCCGAACCAGUAUGGAAGGUUUUGGUCUACGACCGCUUUGGGCAAGACAUCAUCUCUCCGUUGCUGUCUGUGAAAGAGCUGAGAGACAUGGGAGUAACCCUACACCUGCUGCUGCACUCAGAUCGUGACCCAAUCCCAGAUGUUCCUGCCGUCUACUUCGUCAUGCCCACAGAGGAGAACAUUGACAGGAUAUGCCAAGACCUACGGAAUCAGCUCUAUGAGGCCUACUACCUGAACUUCAUCUCGGCCAUCUCCCGGAGUAAGCUGGAGGACAUAGCCAGUGCUGCCCUGUCCGCAAACGCCGUCACCCAGAUAACCAAGGUAUUUGAUCAGUAUUUAAACUUCAUCACCCUGGAAGAUGACAUGUUUAUCCUGUGCAAUCAGAACAAGGAGUCCAUCUCCUAUCAUGCAAUUAACAAGCCUGACAUAAUGGACACAGACAUGGAGAUCAUAAUGGACACAAUAGUGGACAGUCUCUUCUGCUUUUUUGUGACACUAGGUGCGGUGCCUAUCAUCCGAUGCCCACGAGGAAAUGCAGCUGAAAUGGUAGCUGUGAAACUGGAUAAGAAGCUGCGGGAGAAUCUGCGAGAUGCCAGAAACAGCCUGUUCACCGGAGACAACAUGGGCUCCGGCCAGUUCAGUUUCCAGAGGCCCUUGUUCGUCCUGGUGGACCGUAACCUGGAUCUGGCCACCCCACUCCAUCACACAUGGACCUACCAAGCCCUCAUCCACGACGUCCUGGACUUCCACCUGAACAGAGUGAACAUUGAAGAGGCGUCGAGCACAGAGGCAUCCCCCGCCGGGGCCCGACCCAAAAAGAAGAACAAGAGGUGUUACGACCUCACGUCCGCAGACAAGUUCUGGCAGAAACACAAGGGCAGUCCAUUCCCGGAGGUUGCGGAGUCGGUACAGGAGGAGCUGGACACGUACCGGGCCCAGGAGGAUGAGGUCAAGAGGCUCAAGAGCAUCAUGGGGCUGGAAGGAGAGGACGAGGGGGCCAUCAGCAUGCUCUCGGACAACACGGCCAAACUCACCUCCGCCGUCAGUUCUCUCCCAGAGCUCCUGGAGAAGAAGAGGUUAAUCGACCUGCACACCAACGUUGCCACAGCAGUACUUGACCACAUCAAGUCGCGUAAACUGGACGUUUACUUUGAGUACGAGGAGAAGCUGAUGAGCAAAUCGACAUUGGACAAGUCCCUGUUGGACAUCAUCAGUGACCCUGAUGCGGGAACGCCAGAGGAUAAAAUGAGGCUCUUCCUGAUCUUCUACAUCACCGCACAGAUGCCCCCAUCAGAGGCGGACGUGGAGCAGUACAAGAAGGCCCUGCUGGACGCUGGCUGUGACCUCUCGCCUCUCAACUAUAUCAAGCAGUGGAAAGCUUUCACCAAGAUGGCUGCCGCUCCAGCUAACUAUGGGAACAGUGGAGUGAAGCCCAUGGGUCUCUUCUCUCGUGUGAUGAACACAGGCUCCCAGUUUGUCAUGGAGGGAGUGAAGAACCUGGUGCUGAAGCAGCAUAAUCUUCCGGUCACUCGAAUCCUGGACAACCUCAUGGAAAUUAAGUCUAACCCGGAGACAGACGACUACCGAUACUUCGACCCCAAGAUGCUGAGGGGCAGCGAGAGUUCCAUUCCAAGAAACAAGAACCCAUUUCAGGAGGCUAUUGUCUUUGUGGUUGGCGGUGGCAAUUACAUUGAGUAUCAAAAUCUUGUUGACUACACAAAGGCCAGACAGGGCAAGCGAAUCUUCUAUGGCUGCAGUGAGCUCUUCAACGCCGGGCAAUUCCUCAAACAGCUCUCCCAGCUCGGACAGAAAUGAUAGAAAACUGUGAUCAGAAGACCCUCCUCUCUCCAGCUCCUUGUCCUCUCUACAUCCAGUCCAAUCAGGAUCUCUCUCUCUCUGCCUCGGUGAUCAGCUCUUCAGAUCUCUUGGUCAUAUUCCAUGUAUUUUAUAAUGUUUACCAUACUGUAAUAAUGUUUGUCUUACUCAGAUGCUAAACUCUCACAACAAAUAAAGAUUAACACUUAAAUGCAAAGAUGAA